CCCUUCUCUCUCCUCAUCCCUAUUCUCCCAAUUUCCGCCCCGCAGAUAAAUCAACGGCUCAGAUUCUCCGAUGCUCUCCAUCUCAAUUCGCCGGCGAUUGUUGCCUCGUACCACCUCAAGCCAUCCGUAGACAUACUGUUCUUGUAUGAAUAUCUUUUGAUUUUGUUAGAAUUCAAAAGAGUUUUAGUAUUCUCUAUUUCCAUGGCUUCUGAUGACGAAGCCGAAAGCCUCGCUCAUUUUCUCGAGUCCGAGGUCCUGUCUGAACUCUCCGAUCUGGAAAAGGCGGAAACAAUGGAAGACGAAAAUGAAUAUGGAGAGGAAGAAAGAGAUGGAAAGAGGUUGCGUAUUGAAGAGGGUGAGCUAAGUGAACAGGAGGAGAAGGAGCAACAAGAAGCAAAGAAAAUUAGAAUUGAGGAGGGUGAACUUAGCGAUAAAGGAUUAUUGAGGGCUGUAAGAUCAUUAUCGUCGUCAUCUUUGUCAUCGGUUGAGCUGGAAAGUGAAAUUGAAGCUGCACCAUCACCUCCAAAAAAGAAUAAUAUGGUUGUGGGCAACAAUAAAAAUGAUGGAAAACGUAGCACUGAGAAUAGACAGUUGCCUUGGAGGAUUGAGUCGGGGAUGUUCAGUCGGAUUCCUCCUGAGUUGUUGUUUCACAUCCUCAAAUUUCUCUCUUCCGAGGACCUUGUUUCUUGCUCAAUGGUUUGUAGAUUCCUAAAUUUUGCCUCUGCAGACGAAUCCUUGUGGCGUCGCCUAUAUUGUAUGCGGUGGGGUCUAUUGCCACCUAAAAAGCCGCGUGAAUGUGCUUGGAAGAAGCUUUACAUCCAGCGUGAUGAGGAAGAUAUGGCAGAGUUUGUGCGAAACUGCCCGUCCGAAUUCAAAGAAUAUUAUAUCCAAAUGCAGGUGGCAAAGAGAAGUCAAGCACCUAAUCCUUCUCAGGUGAAUGAUGAUCGAAUAAUUCUCGACAAAACACUUGCUGAUCAAGUCUCAAUUUGGAAGAGUAGCAGAGGCCUGGCUGACACGGUGGUUGUCAAUCAUGCAUGUUCUGGGGAAAAUUGCACUUACUAUCAUAUUGGAGAUGUAUUUGUCUGUGAAAAGACUGGAAAUGUUCAUGUUUGUGAUGAUACAUGCAAAGAAGUUAUUAUGGAUCCCACAAAUGAACUAUUGGUCUGCACAAUCUCAGGACGAAGUUUUGACAGAUUACUCUCACCAGCUGAGAUGGAACCCGAUGCUGAACAGCAACAAGGUGGUGGUGCAGAUGAAGCAGAGCCUUUCAUGGGAUCCGGACGCUUUGCUAGGGCUUAUCUACUCGGAUACAAUUGUGAAGAUGAGAAAGAACUGGAAGCUGCUUUAAGGUUUUGCUGAUCCACUUUCAUCUGUAUAGUCUGAUUGCCUGGACUUUAUGGGAUCCUGCGACAUUCCUUAGCUAGUUUUAUUUAAGCUUUUUCUGAGUAUGAAACUUUUGGUUUUAUAAAUUAGUCGCUUUUCGAGCUUCUUCUUUGCAAUAGCUUUGUUAUAUUCCAUUAUUUUUGGUAGAGCUGUUCGAGUAUCCAUUUUUGCUAUGAUCAGUUGCUAUUGACAGUAAAUCACAGACCAGAGCUCAAAUCAAAAUGGACAUACGCUCUCUCUUUUGCAGGAGGACUUUGAUUUAAGAAUCU